GCGUAUGUGGGGUCACGCUCGGACUUCGACGGAAGAAUCUUCAGCAUUAGAAUCGUAGUGAAUAAAGGCGCUUAGAAGGAAGGGGGCCGGAGCGAGGUGUUAUUGGGAGAAGGAACUUCGUGGUGGUUUACGCUGAAAAAGGAACUUCGGCGCCAAAAGCCUUCCGAGGACAUAAUUCUUCACUUACUUCUGCACGCCUCUCUUUCAUGUUCCUAUUAUUCAGACAGUUCUUCUUCUUCGUGGCCAUUUCAGGAACAGUGCUCAAAUAUUGAGUACCCACCUGGGAAUCUCUUGGAAUCUUUCAAAUUUGUGAGGUCGGUUCUUCCUAACCAUGGAUUGGAAUUUCUUAUUCUGGGUUUGUAUCUGAUAUUCGAUCGGUUUAGGGUAUAUCCAAAUCGGUGCUACCAAGUUCUAAACGUAUUGGGAUUUGUGGGGAGUUUUGUUUUAUGGAGGAUUGCAUGUUAUCACCAGCGACAAUGCUGGAUGCUCCAGCUGAGGCAGCCAUGGAUUUGGACUACAUGGAUGGGCUGCUUUUGGAAGGUUGCUGGUUAGAGACCGCAGAAGGUACUGAGUUUCUUCAUCCUAGCACCGCAAGUUUUGGUGCCAACCUAGACCCUUUGAUUGCAUGGCCUGCUACAGACAUGAAUGGUGACUUUCACAUGAGCCAGAUUACAAGAACUAAUCAAGAAGAACCGAGGAGAAUCUUGACCGAUGAGGCGUCUAUGGGGCGGGGAAGAGUUGAUAUGGAGCAAGAGGGAUGCUCUGGUCAAUCAGAAAACCAUGGUUUUGAAGGCUCUGAAUUGUGCAGAAGAUUGUGGAUAGGACCUGGAGAUCAUCUGGGCUCUGCAUCUUCUGUGAUGGAGAAGUUAAUUAGAGCUGUUGGGUAUAUCAAAGAUUUUGUUAGAGACAAAGAUGUUCUUGUUCAAGUAUGGGUGCCUAUAAACAGAGGGGGAAGAAGUGUUCUCAUCACAAAUGAUCUGCCAUUCUCUCAGAAUUCCAGCUGCACAAGACUCAGCAAGUACCGCGAUGUCUCUGUGAAAUAUGAAUUCACUGCUGAUGAUGAUUCUAAAAAUGCUUUGGGAUUGCCUGGUCGGGUGUUCUCAAGAAAGGUUCCAGAGUGGACUCCUGAUGUUCGAUUCUUUAGAAGCGACGAGUACCCGAGAGUCAAUCAUGCGCACGAGCACGAUGUACGUGGAACUGUAGCACUUCCUAUCUUUGAACAAGGUAGCAAGAACUGUUUAGGAGUCAUUGAAGUUGUUAUGGUUACCCAGCAGAUCAAAUAUGGUUCAGAACUUGAGAGUGUUUGCAAAGCUCUUGAGGCAGUCAAGCUUCGGAGCUCCGAUGUUAUCGGCCACCCCGAUAAAAAGCAGGUAUUUAACAGGUCCAAUGAAGCUGUAUUACAAGAGAUUCAAAACACUUUGAAAUCUGCCUGUGAAACGCAUGGCUUGCCUUUGGCUCAAACUUGGGCAUCAUGUAUCCAACAAAAUAGAGAGGGCUGCAGGCACUCGGAUGAGAACUACAGUUGUUGCGUUUCUACGGUAGACCGGGCUUGCUUUGUGGCCGAUCCUCGAGUUCAGGAAUUUCACGAGGCAUGCUCCGAGCAUCAUUUGCUAAAAGGCGAAGGCAUUGUUGGGAUGGCAUUCAAAUCUAAUGAGCCAUGUUUCUCAAGUGAUAUUACAUCCUUUUGCAACACAGAAUAUCCUCUCUCACACCAUGCCAAGCUGUUCGGAUUACACGCUGCAGUUGCCAUACGCCUUCGUUGCAUUUACAUUAAUAAAACCGAUUUCGUAUUAGAGUUCUUCCUGCCUGUAGACUGUAUAGAUCCUGAAGAGCAGAGAGUGCUGCUCACUUCAUUGUCCACGAUUAUACAACGAUCUUGCAGGAGCCUGCGUCUCGUAAACGAUAAGGAGUGUAGGGAGGAAAAUAUGCAACAAUCUUGUCGAAGAUCCAAGGUAGAACAUCAUCAGCUAGAAAUCAGUCAUCCAACAAAUUCAUUGUUAACAUCAUCUGUGCAAAACAUACAACAACAGAGUGGAUUCGUCUCGUUAUUCCAGGACGGAAAAACAUCGGAGAUGUUAAGUUCCUCCGGUUACCAGCAUCAUGAACUUAAUUACAAUUUGAAUGGCGUCGUCGAGGACAGUGAAGAGUGUGCAACUGUAGGUAAUAGUUGCUUUUCUGAUACAGGCUUGGGAAGAACCGGUGAGAAAAGGCGAACCAAGGUCGACAAAACGAUCACGUUACAAGUUCUUCGGCAAUAUUUCGCUGGUAGCUUAAAGGAUGCUGCAAAGAGCAUUGGAGUUUGUCCGACCACAUUGAAAAGGAUAUGUCGACAACAUGGGAUUAAACGUUGGCCUUCUCGAAAAAUAAAAAAGGUUGGUCACUCAUUGCAGAAACUCCAGCUCGUAAUCGACUCUGUGGAAGGUGCAUCAGGUGCUUUUCAAAUUGGGUCCUUGUAUUCUAAUUUCCAGGAUUUGGCAUCUCCAAAUCUAUCAGGUUCAGGUUCAGGUCCAGUUGUAAGUGCAAAGAUGGGAGAUUGCAUGAAAACAUCGAGCAAUCCGAACGAGGUUGGGAUGAGCAACCUCCAAGGUGGUGGUGCAUCGAAAUCUCCAUCGUCUUCGUGCAGCCAGAGCUCGAGUUCGAACCAAUGCUUUUCUAGUCGGAGCCAUAAAAAUGUUGGGCAUUGGAACAAAGGUGGAAGUGAAGAUCAAAUGGGAGGAGGAGAGAAUCCUUGUGAUGGAGAGCUGAAGAGGGUCAAAAGUGAGGUAGAGAUACAUGUAUCAAUUAUGGAAGGAUCAAACAUCCCUCGAAGAUCCCAAAGCUGCAAGUCUCUUUGCAAACAUCCUGCCACUGAAUGUCUGGUGCACUCAGCAAAAGAAGGCGAUGGGAUGGCUGAAAGGGUGGAAGUUCAGAAAGUAAAGGUCAGCUAUGGGGAGGAGAAAAUCCGGUUUCGAGUGCAUAACCAGUGGCGAUACGAAGAGUUACUGAACGAAGUGGGAAAACGAUUUAGUAUCAGUGACAUGACUAAAUUUGAUCUCAAGUAUUUAGAUGAUGAAUCUGAAUGGGUGUUGUUAACAAGUGACACAGAUCUGCAGGAGUGUUUUCAUGUUUACAAAUCGUGUCGAAUCCAAACGAUAAGACUUUUGGUUCAGGAGUCUCGUCGCCGUAAGAGAAACUGUGUGGCGAGCGGAGGGUUCUCAUGAACGUGCUGCACUGACCACCACAUUUUACAAUUCUAGAAAGGCAUGAGAGCAUUGUUGAAUAUGUUUUGUGGAUUAGAAGACAAGAAAGUCAACUGUGUUUAUGCCUCUGUUUAAGAAGCAAGCCAAAGCUUAAGGGUGGUGUCCUUAUGGGGUUACAUGUUGGCAAUGGCAAUGGCAAUGGCAGUGGCAAUGGCAACGGCAACGGCAACGGCAACGCAGCUACCUCGUAUGUAAAUUACCUCUUUUUUUUUUCUCUCUCUCUUUCUGUGUCUACCAAUUGGAAAGAAAGAAAGAUUAUUAGUUUUUUUCUUUGACUUUUGGGAUUUGUAUGUAAAUUUGACUUAUUGAGGGUGACAUAAUUGUGGCUGAGCUGGGAAAGACUUUUUUCAGGAGACAAAUAUUUUAUGUGCUCUGACGUCAACAUCUGUGUUGGCAAUAAGAUUAUCAAUUAUUAU